AUGUUUAAGACCACCAUUCUUGUUCUGUGCCUUGCUGUUACCGUCCUGGCCAUCGAGGACUACUUCAGCUAUCCCAAGUACAAGUACGAGUACGGUGUCAAGGAUCACCACACCCAUGACCACAAGAGUCAGUGGGAGCACCGUGAUGGAGACCAUGUUAAGGGACAGUACACGCUCGAUGAGGCUGAUGGCACCCACCGUAUUGUGGAUUACAGCUCGGACCAUAAAACUGGAUUCCAACCACAUGUCCAGCGCAAAGGACACGCCCAUCAUCCCCACGGCGAAAGCUACGCCAACAUCCAUCAACAUUACUAA